AUGUCUUUCGCAGUUUCCUCCUUUGUUGGCACCAGAGUCGUCGCCAAGACGAACGUCCGCGCCUCUGCUUCCUCGAGAAGAGCGUCGGUGCAAGUCUUCGCCGAAAGAAAACUUUGGUACGAGUUCUCGUUCUCAAUUUUUUUUUUGUUGCCGAACAUCAAGACUCCGGACUACCUCGAUGGUACCAUCGCGGGUGACUACGGUUUCGACCCGCUCGGUUUAGGCUCCGAUCCGGAACGCUUAAAAUACUACCAAGAGGCGGAGUUGAUGAACGCUCGAUGGGCGAUGAUGGCGGUUGCCGGCAUCUGCACGACCGAAGCUUUGGGCAUCCAAUCUAAGUGGUACAUGGCUGGCCAAGAAGACUACGGUUUCCCGAUCAACGCGCAGUUGGCUGUUUUGUUUCCGACCAUGGGUUUCUUGGAAACGAAGAGAAUCACCGGCUGGUUGGCGACGGGCAAGUCUGGCAUCAAUGAAACGUUUCCGUUUGACCCGUUAGGAAUGGGCGCUGACAGUGAUUCGAUGAAGUUGAAGGAGAUCAAGAACGGUCGCGCGGCGAUGAUUGCGUUCGUUGGCAUCUGCGUCCAAGCGUUGGUGUUGAGAGAGGGUCCGUUGGCUGCGUUGCAAGACCACGUCGCGAACCCGUUUGGUAACAACUUAGCGACGAACGUCAUGAACCUCCCGAUCAACUUGGCGUAA